UCUGAAUCUGAAUAAUAUUAUCAAAAUAUUGAAAAAAAAGUUAUAAUAUUUUCUUUCCGAUUUCGUAUGCUUAUUUCGUAUUAUUAUUAUUAUUGCACUGUUGUACGUUUGAGCUCGUAAUCGUCUAUCUGUUCAUGUUUAAAUGAACGUUUCGCGAUCGUUGUGAACGCAAUAUAAAUAUUUGGUCAUGGACAAAUUACUGUACGUCGUCUCGGCGACGCAUUUGGUUCUCUGCCCGUUUACCAAAGUCGAAGAGAGUUUCAACAUGCAAGCAAUGCACGACAUUUUGUAUUUGAAGAGUAAUUUAUCACAGUAUGAUCAUUUAGAAUUUCCUGGUGUUGUACCUAGGACAUUUUUGGGUCCUCUGUUCAUAUCGAUAUUGUCAUUUCCAUUUGUCUCUGUUUUUAAAUAUCUUCAGUUCAACAAGAUGUUCAGUCAAUUAUUAGUUCGUGCAAUAUUAGGUAUUGUAGUAGUUUCAAGUAUCAAAUAUUUUAAUAAAAGUAUUUCAAAGGUAUUUGGAAAUAGUGUUGGAAAUUGGUUUAUAAUCUUAACAGCAUCACAGUAUCAUUUAAUGUUUUAUUCCAGUCGUACACUCCCUAAUAUCAUGGCAUUUCCUUUAGUAAUGGUAGCAUUGAGUUCUUGGAUUAGAGGAAAACAUAUUUUAUUAAUAUGGAGUUCGGCGAUUGCUGUUUUAAUUUUCCGUUCAGAAUUAGUCAUUUACUUAGGUAUUAUUAUACUUAUGGAAUUGUUGUAUAAGCGUCUUAAACUAGUCAGGGGAUUAAAACUUGGAUUUUUGGCGGCCAUAACUGUAUUGACUAUAAGUGUUGUCAUUGACUCUAUAUUUUGGGGUCGCCCAGUAUGGCCUGAAGGAGAAGUUUUAUGGUUUAAUACAGUACUCAAUAAAAGCAGUGAAUGGGGUACUAAGCCAUUUUUAUGGUACUUUUAUUCAGCAAUACCACGAGGCGUUGCACUUUCUCUAUUGUUUAUACCCUUUGGUGCAUUAUAUGAUAUUCGAGUAAUGCGACUUCUUAUUCCAACAUUGAUGUUUGUACUGAUUUAUUCGAUACUACCACAUAAAGAGCUUCGGUUUAUUAUUUAUGUAUUUCCAGUAUUAAACGUAUCUACUGCUACCUUUUGCAAUAAAAUAUGGCAAACUAGAUUUAAACCAAAAGGAUUCAAAAAUAUACUUGCACUUUUAUUCUGUACUGGUCAUAUUAUUGGUAAUUUAGUUUUUACAGUAUUUUUGAUGAGUGCAUCAAAUAAAAAUUACCCAGGAGGCCAUGCAAUGACAUUAUUACAUUCAUUUGAAAAUAAUCAUUUAGAUGCUAAUUAUACAAUACAUAUUGGCAAUUAUGCAGCACAAACUGGAGUAACUCGUUUUACACAGCUAAGUGCUCAUUGGACGUACAGUAAAAAAGAAAAUCUGGAACCUGGAUGUGAAGAGCUUAUGUCUUUCACACAUUUAAUUGUCGGAUCAAGUAGCCGAGAUAAUGAAGAAAUGCUGCAUUACAGAAAUACUCAUAAUGUCAUGUCUACAGUACAAGGAUUUUCACAUGUAUCAUUUAAUUAUAAUACUUUUCCACCAUUAAAAAUCAAAACUAAAACACAGAUAUUUUUGUUGAAAAAAAAAGUUAUUAAAUCGGGUGUUAAGCAAAAUAUAAAGAAAAUUGUUGAAGAAUUCAUGAACGAACAAGAUAUAGAAAAAAAAAUUGAUUUAAAUUUAGAUUUAUUAGAUAAAAGUACUAAAAAAAAUAAGCAUAAACAAAAGUAAAUUCGAAUUCUGCUUUUAAUAAAACAAAACUGUAAUGAACCUCAUACACCUAACUUCCACGUUAGAGUAAUAAUAAUAAAGAAUAAAAAUUAAAAUUAAAAUGUCACUAAAGUUGUAACAAUUUUUUUUUUAUUAUUUUUUUUCUAAUGUGGAAGUAAUAUAUGUUUUUUCUAUGGAUUACAUUUGAAAGUACAUCCUUAGUAUAAUUUCAUAAUGGUCUGUAAGACAGACUGAAAUAAAAUUACCUUUAUGUUUAUAACCUUAAUGUAUAAUCAACAUUUAAUCUUCCUUAAAUUCUUGUCUAAUUUAUUUUAAUUUUUUUAAUUUAAAAUAGAUUCAGAUUUUAUUUAAGCUUAUAUAGAGUUGAAUUUAGCUUAUAAAUGAAUAAAAACAAUCAUAAAUGAUUAUAAACUAUUAUUGUUAAAUAUUCCACAUAACUUCUAUAUAUUAUACAUAAUAGUGUACAUAACACACAUAUUCAGUUACAUAAAUCACUGAAAAUAGGUAGGGGGUACCCUAAAAUAAUUGUGUGGUGACUUACUAACGUAUUAUCUAUUGUGAAAAUUUUGUUUAACUUGAUUUAUCUGAAAUUGUUCUCAGGAAAAAAAUAGAUUUUCAAUUAAUAGUUGAUGAUAGUGGAUUGAAGCCGGCUGGUAAAUUUUUAGAUUCACCCUCCAUUUAAAUAAAAUGAUUUAUGACCCUGACUACUGCAUAUAUUAAAAUUAAAAUUGUUCUUUAGUACAUUUGCAAAAUUAGUAAUUGAAUGGUACCCUUGUUAUUGUUGUAAUUAAUCAUUUUAGUAAAAUUGAAUUCAACCUAUAAAAUAAAUGUAAUUUAAUUCAAAUAUCCGUAUUUUUAAUUAUUAUUAUUUUACUUAUUUUUGAUUAUGAAGCUAAAAUUAUACUUUUUUUUUUAUUUUAAAUGUGUUAUAGUGUACCAAGUUGUACAAAGUAAUUAUUACUUAAGAAAUUUUCAAAUUAAUUUAUAGAAAUAAAUUUUGUAUUUUUAAAUUCUAGUUAAAUUAUAAAAAUUAUUAUUUGGUUUAUGUUCUAACUCUUGCUUAAAUUGUGUUGUAUUUAUUAUUGUAAUCUUUAAAGGAAAGUUCACGUGAAAGGCAUUUAACGCGCGUUGACGUCGUUACCUCUGUUCAUAUGGUUACCAAUUUAAUUUUUUUGUGCGUUUAUACCUUUUUUUACUUGUGGCAACGUGCGUUAUAACUGAACAUCUUAAUGCUAAUGUGUAUUAGCACAUUGACAUGUUCUAAAGCGCGUAGACAAUAUAUUUGAGUUAUCGUUGCAUACCUGUGUUAAAUGCGCGUUGUUUUCCAACGCGCGUUAUCAUAAUAUAAUAAAGCAUAAUACAUAUCAUGUACAGUUAUUAGCAAUCGUAUGGUAAUAGUAAACGCACGUUUAACGCUUUUCGUGUGAAUUAGCUCUGAAUUAUUCAUUGAGAAGUUUAUUUUUUUCCAUAUUUGUUUGAUAUUCAAUUAAAAUUAUAACUUGUUUGUUCAAAAAAAAUAAAUAACUUUUAAAAAUUAACUGAUUAAGUAAUGAAAGUGUGAUGUGUCUAUUACUAUAUUAAGUUAGUUUAUACUAGCAGUUAAUUCCCUGUACUUAAAAAUAAAAACUAAUUUCAUUGUA